UGCACGGAACAUUCAAUCGUCAUCGAAAGGUCACGAUUAAUUUCUCUUAUAUAUAUGCGUAAUUUUGUAUAAUUUUCAAAUUGAGUGCAUAUUCCCGGCCAGUUAUGUGAUUAAGAUUGUAUUUAUGUUAUAUAAGCGAUCAUUAUUAAUGGAGACCCUGAUCAGUAUUAUUCAUACGGUAUUACUCAUAAUAUUAUCCUGUGCAUCCUUAUCAACCAGUGCCAUCAAUAAUCUACGGAGUACAUACUUUCUCCUGGCGCGGCAAGAGAUCUCCCUGAAAAAUUUGCCCAACGCCACGGAUUCCCUGACUCUGUCAUGCCGGCAAGAAGGGAUAUUCCCUUAUACCGGCAGUUGUGCGGAGUAUGUCCUGUGUCGUCGACAGGGCACUCUUAUGAUCAUAGAACACUAUCGGUGCUCAUUUGGAAUUUUUGAUACAAUCAGUCAGAAAUGCAACUGGGCUAAGCUCAGUGCGCCCUGUCAGCCGGGAAAUGUUUCCCGGCGCAACAGCGACGACGAGGUGUUAUUGCAGCAGCAGCCGGUUAUUGGCGUCAGUCGGUUGCCGGGGUCAAGUCAGCGGAAAUCCCAGCUGCCGUUGCCGCCGCGGCCCAGCUCCUACGUCUCGGAAUUAUCGGGAUUAACAUGCAAAAUUACCGGCUACUUCCCACAUCCCACGAAUAAUUCCAAAUUUUACCGCUGUGUCGAAUUGUCACCGGCGACAUUCAUGGUUUAUUUGUUUUCUUGCGAGUCCAAUCUCGUCUAUGAGCCGAUCGUACGCGCAUGUGUGAAGCCCCUCAGUGAAGAACGCAUGGACACCGGUGAUGCAUAUCCUCUGCUCACACAGACACCCUCCUGGGUGGUGGAACGUUGUCGUGCUCAGCAGACUUUUCCCGCGUCCGGAAAGCCCACAACCCUCUUCCGGAAUCCCAUCAACUGCCGGCGUUUUUUCCGCUGCUCCACCACCAGUGUGAUCAGCUUGAAGAUUGAACAGUUCUCCUGUCCCACUGGACUAUUCUUCGACGAGGACCGGAAAUCCUGCACAUGGGCCAGUGAGACGGCCGACUGUGUGUCCAUCGUCGACGAGCUGGAGGUGACCUCCAACAUGAACCCCACUUCCGGUGCGUUCAAACCCACACCGCCACCGCGCGCCACAUUUGCUACCGUCUGGGUGACCAUGCCGCGAAAGGUCACGCGAGUGACCGCUCCCCCAGGAGGAGGGGGCGUGGCCAGUACCACCACUAUACCCAUUAUUUCCAGCGACAAUGAGAUCCGAUUUGUGCCGAAGAUGCCGGUGAAACCGGCCGAUGACCGGCUUUUCUUCGGGGAUAUCAGCAGUGUGAUGGGCACCGACACCGAUCCUAACUGGUUGUUUAAGCAAGCAUUGAAACCCCCACCGUACCUAACCGCCACCGGGAUCCUGGUGACUAAUCCCACGGAAUUCCAGUGUACCGCACCCGGCACAUAUCCCACAUCAAUACCGUGUAUAUUUUAUAAAUGUGAAAAAUAUUCCUGGGUUAAGAACUUUUUGUUAUUCCGGUUUACGUGUCCACCGCAUACAAUUUUUAACAACGGAACCUGUGAGUAUAACGCCACGGUGGCGUGUGCCAACGGCGACGACACCGACGCCAGUGUCACCAAAUAUUACGUCACCAAUUCGACCACGGACGCCGGUGACAUUAUCACCACGACUUUGUCACCGGUUAAAAAUCAGAAGGAGCGCCCGCGAUUGCUGUGUAAAAAAGACGGUACCUUCCCGUUACCGUUUGCCACACCGUGCAGCACACGGUUUAUGGUGUGCCGGCGUUUAGCGGGACCGUUACACUUUUUUGUCUCCGUCCACGAAUGUCCGCCGUCUCUGGUGUUCUCAGUCACGGUCAACCAGUGCGUGGACCCGACUAGUGAGAAUCUGCAGUGUUCAGUCGGCAGUUUUGACCUUUCUUCGCUGGGCGACGAGGAAACGGAGCCGGCCGCGGUGACCCCGGAUCCGCUCGAGGAUAAAGUCGCAGUGUGCACCGCCGCCGGGUUUUCUAAAAUUUCCUGCAAGCGUUUCCGCCGGUGUGAGUGGAUUCCCGAUGCCGGGCAACCCUCCGGGACGUGGAUCUCCUAUGAUUUUGAAUGCGGACGGAAUAUGGUGUUUGAUGAAACCGUCGUAGCGUGUGUACAGCAGACGGGCACGGUACCGUGUAUUGAUCCACCGGUUGCUGAAUUGCCGGCGACCGUAACCGCAAACCCUAUCGAGUCAACGGAGAAAAUGGACAUCACACCGGAGACCGAUGUGACGGAACCGGGAAGCAUUGAAACCGAUACUAGCGAUGUUGCGGCUGUUGCGGUAAUUGAUGUUAGCGGUGACCUUACCACACCCGUACCGCCAUGGACGCUGCCGGGGUCGGCGAGCGGUGAUGCGCGCGAUACGAGUACAUCGACCGGAAGUAGUACGACGCUGCAGAUUACAUCAACGGAAUCAUUCAGUGAAUUCAACCAGCAAACAUCCGCUGAAGCGUCCAAUGAAGUAACGAAAUUUAAUCAACCGCCGCUGGUAGUGCCGACAAACAGCCCCACAACCGAGACAAUGGAUGCUGGGAAGAAAGGUCAUUCACCGAUUUGUUACCGCUCGGGAUAUUUCCUGUAUCCAGAUGACAGCAAAUGUCAACGGUUUUACCGGUGCCUUCAAUUAACACCGGAGCCAAACAGUUUCGUUAUGCUUCACUACCGAUGCGACGACGGAUAUGUGUUUGACCGGCGCUACUUCGCGUGCAGCGCACUCGACACUGCUCCACCAUGCGUGCCAGCCACCGCGGACUCCAUGCUGCUGGAUCAGACGCUGUCCGCGGUGGACAGCGCCGGCGUCGCUGCUGAUCCAAGCCUGACUUCCGCCGCCGCCGCUGCCACUGAUGCCGACCGAAAAACGGCAUCCGUUAAUGCGCUGCCGGUGAAGAUUCUACCGCAAGUUUGGCAUAUGUCCAACAAUAACAACGAUUCCACCAAUACCGGCGCACUGAUUUGUACAACGCAGCGUAUCUACCGGCUGCAAACGUGUGGCUACUAUUACAGCUGUAUUGAAACGGAAACUAAAGGUCAAUUCCAUCUACAAGAGAUUUACUGCGAAACAUUGUACCUUGAUAUAUCCACCGGUCAGUGUACGCCACCGCCACCCAACGACCCCUGCAACGCCAACAGCAUCACGCGCUUCUCCAGCAUCUGGAGCGUUCGCAAACCGACCCGUCCUAUGCAGGACGCCGAUACCACAACCACCACAACUACCCAGUCAACCACCACCCUACCCUCCACCACAACGACUACGACCACCACCGAGCCGCCGACAACCACCGCCACAACUCCGGAGACCACCUCGACCACUUCCCUUCCGACCACAACCACGCCUACCCCGACCACCAUCACCCCGUCCUUCCGUCGCGCAGUUAGCAAUAAGCGCCGGCGCAUCCCGCAAGUGCCGGCCGCCAUUAAGAUCCAGGGCACCAAAAACACCUCCGACACUUCCGGCCCGGUGUUUAUUAACCCGGCCGGUUCGCCCGAAUACUUUACCAUUCCCAAGAAUCGCGUGACAUCCGGAGUGUACUCACCGGUCGCCCAGCCGCUCCUCCAAACCAACCGGUAUUCUGCUCCCGGAACCCCGCCGCAGUUCGCCCCGCUGGGUAGUCUCAGUGACCUUUUAUCCAAUAACCCCGGGAUCAAGACCAGCAGUGAUUACCAGUCAUUAUCGGCGUACCGGGACAGUUUUAAUCAGUUAUACUCGUACAUGACCGGCACUGGGUAUCCGACGACGAUGACCCCGACGACAACCAUUCCGCCGGCUUUAGUACUGAAUUUCAAUACACCGUCUGAGCAACCGGUCGGUGAGAUGGUGAAAGCCGGUGUGACCUUUCAGUGCCGGUCGGAAGGGUAUUUCCGUAAUGCGCGGGAUAUCUCGUGUUCCAAGUUUUAUUUGUGUGUUAAAGUCGGUCCCCGGCAGUAUAAUCUGUUUGAAUUUAUGUGCUUACCGCAUAAUGGGAUACAGUGGAAGUAUCAUCAGGAGAGGAAUGCUUGUGUUGAGCCUACUGACGUCAAGGAAUGCUAAUUGACGCAGCUGUUUGUUGAAAUACAUGU